UUGUCGUUCUAAGACAAGGUGUUUGGGUUUUUCAAGUGGAAAAAGUUUGUAGGGUUUAAGAGAUAGAACAGUGACUAGAAUGCACAACUCCAUUGGAAUGGGAUUCGGAAAAUUCUCAAUCUCAAACGCAACUACGCUCUUUCGCUCUCUACUUUCCACACCCACUCUCCAUCAUCACCACCACAUUCCUCUUCGCUUCUGCACCACCACCAACCCCCCCUCCGAUUCCGACGAUGCCGACUUAGCCACUCCUUCCCCCUCACCCGACCAACCCGAAAGAACCUUCUACGAUCGACCCCUCGAGAAUGGCCUCGAUCCCGGCAUUUACAGAGCGAUAUUGGUAGGCAAAGCAGGGCAAAAACCGGUGCAGAAGAAGCUCAAGAGCGGUACUGUGGUUACUCUGCUGUCAAUUGGAACCGGUGGUAUUCGCAACAAUAGAAGACCACUGGAUCAUGAAAACCCUAGUGAGUAUGCUAAUCGAUGUGCGGUUCAGUGGCAUAGGGUUACAGUUUAUCCUGAGAGAUUGGGGAAUCUUCUCAUGAAAAACGUUCUUCCUGGCUCAACUUUGUAUAUUGAGGGAAACCUCGAGACUAAGGUUUUCUCUGAUCCCAUUACCGGACUUGUUCGCCGAAUUAGAGAGGUUGCUGUUCGUCGACAGGGUCGUGUUGUCUUUUUAAGUCCGGGCGAUGAUUCUGAGCAACAGGCACAACAAAAUGACAUGAGAGCUGUUGGCUAUUAUUAAAUCGUAUGCUUCAAAUGGGAACAUGAGAUUCAGUUGGCUGGGGAGAAUUUUUUAUUUUGUAACUAUAUUCUGUAUGUUUAUCUCGAAUUUGGAACUGUUAGUGACAUUUGCCAUAUUGCAAACUCUUGAUCGGAGUGAUCUCGCUCUUGCUCUUGCUCUGUGCAAUACAAGGAAUAUAUAGUUCAACCUUAUUGCUUUUGUAUGGUGGCAAACUUGUGACAUGGCGUAUUUCAGUUUAACAAAAGGACUUUUGCUAUGGGACCGACCUUUCAUUCUGCUCCAAAGUCUUAGAAGCUACUCUUAAAAGUUAUUGCUAUAUGAAUACGGAAUGCCGAAUGCUUCUUUGCCCCAAUAGUUUGAUAGUUUGCUAAACGUUUGUGUGAACAAAUGGUAUCUUAUUUAUUUCAUUGUAAUUGAACUGAAUAGGAUUGUAACAAUUCUUUAAUAUGCUACUAUGCAUAUUAGUCUA